UGACGUGGAUGAAAAAGCAAAACAGACAUGUAGCUCAACGACAGAACACCAUGUAAAGGUUCAACAAUUAUACGUAUUUUUUCCACCACUAGUGAUCACAAUGGUUUAAAACACUUGUGUAUUAACAUAUUGUUAGAAUUUAUUUAUUUAUUUAUUUACAUGAUGCAUUGCUGGCUCACUAGUAGUAGUUACUGCUGCUCUUAAGCUUGCUAGCUAACCAGCCAAUCUGGGCUAACCUACUAUUACGUAGCUAACGUUAUCUAUCUACAGAUGAAGUAAAGCUUUCUUGAUAGGUGAGCAUCCAGUCCAAGGGAACUUGGGACAGGCCUCUUGAGGGAAGCAAAGAUGAACAGGGACAUCCCCAUCCAUAGCUGGCCUGGGUCGUACUACAUCAACAGCGAGAAGCGAUGGGCAAGCGGCACUUUGUCCCUGACCCGAACCACACUCCGCUUCACCCCUGACCAGGGUGAGGGCAGCCUGGCCAGCGUCCGCCUCUCACGCAUUAUGGAAAUCAAGAUGGAGUCGUCAAGCUUCAUUUUCAGCACACUCACCGUCCUGGAAGAGGGCAACGUCAAACACUGGUUCGGCUCACUGCGGCCCAACCGUGUGGUCGUCUACAAUGUGCUGGAGCACUUCUGGAGGGAGAGGCUCCUGUCGCCCGCUGGAGCCCACGCAUCCGAGGCGAAGCCGGGCAAAGGGAGGGAACUGAUUGGGCUGGUGGCGGGGGCUCAACGGAGGCUUGAGGAUGCGGGAAAAGUGCUCAGCCACCAGGGGGAGCAGUUCGACCACAUUAUGCAGGGGCUGGACAAGAUUGAGUCCGAUUUGGGCGUGGCAGACAAACUGCUCUUGGACCUGGAGUCCCCUCCAUGGUGGCCUUUCGGGAAAAUUCCCUGGAAGAGCCAGCAGGACUCCAAGAGCGAAGAGGCUGCUAGGGCCCAGGCCUCCUCGGCCUCGGGCCCCCGAGGGCCCGGCAGGCAGGGCGUGAUCGCCUGCAUCCCGGCCAUCGUCUCCCGGGGCGCGGACUCGGACCUGCGGCCGGGCUCCCUAACGGUGCUGGUGUCGUCGCUGGAGGUGCGGGAGGGCGGCGGGCGGCUCCUCCACCGCUACGAGCGAGAGGAGGUGGACGACGUGCGCGUGCAUAGCCCCUACGAGCUGAGCGUGCGGCAGCGCUUCAUCGGGAAGCCCGACGUGGGCUUCCGGCUGCUCUCCGCCAAGCUUCCCGAAGUCCUCCCCCUGCUGGAGAUGCAGUACAAGAAGAAGGUGGAGUACACUGCCGAGUACACGGCUUUCCAGACCACCCCGGCCACGUCGCCCUGCGACCCCGAAGGCGGCUCGGUGUGGAGCGCAGCAACGGGUUUCAUUCAGCGUUGCCAGGAGACAGAGGUGCCGAUGGAGGUGCCUGCAGGUGACCUGGCCCAGCUGAAGGUGCAGGUAGUGCAGCCGACCGUGACGGACUCCGAGGCUCAGGAGCUGAAGCAGAUGCUGAUGCAGCUGAAGAACCUGGCCCUGGAGGCCGAGACGGAGCUGGAGCGUCAGGACGAAGCGCUCGACGCCAUCGCCGAUUCCACCGAGCACGCCACCACGCACAUCGACAAACACACUCGCCGCAUGAGGAAGCUGCUGUAAGCCAGACGACCGCAGCACUCCGCACUAUAUAUAUAUAUACCCAUAAAUGUAUGUGUCAUAGUCCAGGAACCUGCUUUUCCUCCCGCAUCUCCCCCCUGUACCCCACCCCAUCACUGUCACUGGGCAGUCACCCUCUGCAGAGCUGGUUGGUACCCUGCAUGGCAGGCAAUCGCCGUUGGUGUGUGAGUGCGUGUACAAAUGGGUGAAUGAGAAGCAACGAUUGUACAGCGCUUUGGAUAAAGACGCUAUAUAAAUGCCUGCCAUUUACCAUGAAAAAAACAGCAAGGUUAGCGAAAUGUCUGCCAGCACCCUUGAUAAUAUGCGGUGGCUUCGGUCAGUCAGCUAAUGUACUAACAAAAUCCCGAUUAUUGAACUGGUUCUGAUGCCGUCUGGAGUAGUAGGUAGUUCACUUUAACCUGUUAUAAUUCCGUGCAAACAAAGGCAAGCAGUCGUACACUAGUUAAACACUUGAAAGUGCGACCUGUUGAAAAGCAGUUUCCCAGCCGGACCACAGGGUGCGCCAUUGCGAGGCUGUAUAAAUACUGACAUGCUAAAUAUUAAGUUUUAACUUUUGUAUAAAGCUGGUGGGUCUCACCUGACAGGGAUUGCUACUGCGAGACGUUAUUGCUGGAAGCAUGACGGCUGUUAAAGUUCUCAGCAGUGGUGCUGCAACCUGGAGUGGGAGAAGAUGAUGUUUGUAGGUUUAAAAUAAUUUAAUUUCAUUAAUGCUUUUGAAAUAUGCAGUGUGACCAGUGGUGUAGAAAAUAGUCAUGAGCACAUGCAGAGUGAAUUGUAGUCCCUCUGAUACAGCAGCAGUCCUCCUUUGGCAGCCUUUGUGGAACAGUACCAUCUCUGUUGAUGUUUCAAAGUCAUGCAAAAAAAGUGGGGAAUAAAUUGUUCAGACAAUGUUCAAAUCUUGAGGCAAAACAAAUAUAGUCCAUCUUGCCAACCACAAAUAAGUGGCAGCCAGUCUCAGACCAGGGGUUCUGUCAGAUGUCUGCACUGUAUCAAGCCCCAUGCUGUGUUUUGCUUGUAAAUUUGCUUUUGCAGAUGUAACUCAUACCAGCCGAUGUUAAACAUGUCGUCAACAAGUAAUUUUAAAGUUUCAGUGAAUCGUGGAGAGAGGUCGAAAACAGUUAUACAAAAAUAUAUUAAAAUAUCAGCAUGCAUAAGAUCCAGAGAUGAUGAAGGAUGAACACAGCCACCAAUCUGUUGCAAGAUAUUAAUAAAAAAAUCUGUCAUGUUUAUUUUGACAUAUAUGACUGAGUAUAGUGAAAUGUACAGCACAGUUUACAAAAGGUAAAUGUUCAGUGUCACGCCUUUUUUGUUAAAAGUAGUUGUCAUUCACCUUGUACAUAGCUCUCAGACCAGAAAUUACUGUAUAUAGCACAGGCUUUUCAAAUGCGAUUGAAUGGUGUCUUGUUGGUUACCAAUGUAUUGUGUGUGUUGGUUGGACUGCAAUUAUUAUUUAUACAUAUGCUAAGAGUCAGUAGGUUCCAUAAUCCUAAUUGCAGAUCUUUUUAAUUUGAAAUAUGCAAAUAAUUUUUAUGCUCUAGUUGUAAUCUGACAUGUGCCACCCGUUCUCAUCAUCAGAAAAUGUUAAGAGUCAACAAAGAGUGGAAAAGAAAAGAAAAAUUAAAUGUGUUCCCAAUGAUAAAAAAAACCUCAAAACGAAAAACAAUAGCAGCAAAGACGGCUCUUCUUUCAAUGCAUACUUUACAGAACUGAGAAAAGACUGACGAGCAUUGUGGACCAGAAAAUGGCUGUCUUUUUCCGAUGACUGGAAAACAAUAUGCUCCCAAAAAAACAUUCUGACCUGGAAACAAUAGAAGCUGUCAUACAAAAUGACUGCCCAUAAUUAUCACUGAAAUAUGUAUUGACAGUUGAGUGGGAGGCUUGUUUUUCUUUGUGAAGUAGAAUUUAGAUUACAGCGUUUUGGCAUUACUGAUCUGAGCCAAAGCUAGUUUAUUAAAAUUCAGGUCGAACCUCACCACACCACUCUCCCAGUGUCCCCCAGUUUCUCUCCAGUCAUCUGGCCUUUAUGUGACUGCUGUGGUGAGGUGACUGAUUCAUUUGUUUCUUUUUUGACAUUUAUUUGAAUGUCACAUAUUUUGCCCAAAAAAGCAAGUUCAAAUCAACAGAACCAGAUAAGAAUGCUCAUGUUAUCACCACCACUGUCUCUAAGUUUGGCUGGCACCUUGAAACUAACCAAAAUUAGAUAUAGAAAACAAUAUUUAGAUGCAGAUGUUAUAUUACACUUAUAUUAUUGUUAUUGUUAAACUUCUGAACAAUUAAUUGAUUCGGGUACAUUGGGCUCAAAAAAAAGAAGAAGAACAAAAGGCUGUAUUUAACGAUAGACAAUAAUGUUCAAAUAUAUGGGAAAACUACAUACUUUUAUUUAUUUAUUUAUUUAAUUUAUUUAUUCUCAUAAAAGUCCCAUCAAAGGUUUUUUAUUAAGUAAUUCUUAUUUUUUUCCAGAAAAUCAUAGGUGUCAAAAGUAUAAAAAAAUAUUCUAAGUCUAAAGGAACUAUAUUGUGUCACUCCAUCACUUCCUGUUUCACUAGAGUAUAAUAAUGAGGUAACAAGCAUGCAAAAUCCCUUCCCUUCAUCCAUCAGCAUGGGAAAAGCCAAAGAACUGUUGAUUUAGUCUGGUAAUGAGUACAAAAAGUGCAUAAACGGUACCACUUAGCUCUGCAAGGGCAAUAAUAAUAAUAAUAAUAAUUAUUAUUAUUAUUAUUAUUAUUAUAAAAAAUAAUAAAAGAAUACAAAUUUUAAAACGUAUGAAAUGGUUUCCAGAAAAAGGACACUAGUGCACGUUGUCCCCAUGGACAGUGCUGACAAUGACGAGAGGCAAUGACGAACCAAAGAAUUGCAGAGAUUGGUUGUGCUUUGGGGUCACCAAGCCACAAACGGAAGCUGAGUCAUUAAUAGAUUGACUCCAAACAUGCAUCAAAAUCUGUGGUCUGAAGAAGGGGGUCCAUCAGCGCAAAUCCAAGGAUAGCGAUGAUCCUUGAAAGUUCUGCUUGGAGGAAUGGUCAAAAAUCCCUCAAAAUGUGUUCUCUAACCUUAUCACAAAUUACAGGAAAGGCUGUUAUCUUUGGGUGUUUGCACAAAGCGUUAAACCAGGGGUGCCAAUAAAUGUGAAACCUGUUUUUUGGGGAAAUACAUUCUUUAGACUUUGGUGGAUUCCAUUGAUUGAUUAAAUUAAUAAAGCACACUACACAUGCUGGAAAAUAAAGCUUAUGUCAAUGACCAUCAUUUUUCAUUAUUUUUUGUGCCUAUUUAUAAUAGGUGCCAAUAAUUCUGGAGCAUAGCAUAUUUGGUCUACUGUAUGAAGAACAACAGUUUAAUAUUCUUUUUUAGUUUUGCUGGAAACGGACUGGACCUUAAUAGUCAUAGUUGAGCUGCAUGGGGUCUAAGGACACUCAUGAGUCUCAGUACAUAAACUCCUCCUGACCUGCGUAUGAAAAGAGCUAAAUGUUGUUGGAAGAUCUCAGUCACUGCGAAGAUUUGGCAGUCCACAAUGUUGACUCUUUCAUGUUUCAUUCUGUAUGACCAAUCAUUACUAGGGAGUGAGGGGAUGUGAACGCUGAUGCAAUCUGUUUAUUCUCCAUGAAUGGAGGAGACCCCCAAUCACCAGCUCACGCAGGUGUACUUUCACCACACUCAUUUGUUUAGUUAGCCUCUCAGGGUAGCCAUGGGAAAGGACUCUGCAAAAUGUCAGAAAUAUUCAAAACAAAAAGUUAUUUAUUCGUUGCUGCUUAUUUAAAUGUUGUAUUUAUUGAAAUAUUUUAUGAAUACCAGAUAUGAUUUUAGGUUUUUAAAAUCAAUGGUAGUUUCAGUUUCAAUUUCAGAUUAAUUUAACUUUUAUUUUUUUAUAAUUCAGUUGAGUAUAACUGGACAAUGCUUUGUUUAGCCAUAGCAUUUUGUGUAUGACGUGAUGAUUUAUGAAGGAUGGUCUGUACCUUGUUUGGACCUGUAUCUGAUGCUGCUCUUUGUUGUCAAAUGAUCAGAAAUGUCCUGUCAAAUGAAAGCGCAAAACAACUUACACUUUUUCAUAAUAAGUUUUAGAUUGUAAUUCAGCAGUACAUCAGAAUCAACUGCAAAAUGUAAGAUGUCUACUAAAAUAUAAUAAUUUGAAUGCAAUAAUGUUGAGUGUUUCCAUAAUUUUGAAUUCCUCCUCCUUAAACUGCUGUAAGGAGAAACAAGAGGAGCAGUAACAUUGAACGUUCCAGUUUGCUCAGUCCAGCGUUGGGGGACACCAUUAGGUCUUGAUGCAGGCUGGCAUUCCCUGGGGCACAAGCUCGGUUUGCAAUGGACUGGGAGUUCUGUGCCGUUUUUAGAAUGGUCAAAUUGCACAUCAAUUGCACAUCAACUCCCUCCGCUAUCCCUGCCUGGUCCGCUUUGCAUUGGAAAUGUAGCGUGCCUUAGUGUUGAACACUUUCAACACUUUGUUGAAAAUAAAUUUUAUGUUAAAAGUUGCUGGUCAUAAGGCACCAUGUUAUUAAUUAAUCGAUUCUCUGCAAAAGUCCAGACAUUGUUUCUACUUGGGAAAUGGCACAAAUUAUACUGUACUGUAACUAAAGGGAGUUUGAAUUGCGAUGACAGUUCUCAUGCAUUGACACUGUAAAUUGAAUUAUAUGAAUUGUCUUUCAGAUUUUCAGUGCAUACAUCAUGUGUAACUAUCGCCAGUGACCAUUAAUAAACUGUAUAAUGCACAUAAA